AUGGCUAGACUACCUGCUGGGCGAGUAGCAGCCUUCACGCGACCAUUCACUCACACCGGAGUGGAUUACUUCGGCCCAUUAGAGGUCGUCGUCGGUCGUAGAGUUGAGAAACGGUGGGGCGUAAUAUUUGUUUGUCAAACUACGAGAGCUAUCCAUCUAGAAAUUGCUCAUCAGUUAAAUACAAGCUCCUGUAUUAUGGCAAUUAGGACCUUUACAGCCAGAAGAGGAACGCCUGCUGUGUUUUAUAGUGAUAGAGGCACGAACUUCGUGGGAUCGGAUCGGGAGCUACGAGAGACUUUCAAAAGGAUAGACCAGAGUAAGAUUGCUGAAGAAUUCACUACUCCGAACACAUCGUGGACCUUCAACCCUCCAGCAGCUCCACACAUGGGUGGAAGUUGGGAAAGGCUCAUACGCUCAGUGAAAAGAAUUUUACCUCUCUUGCGCGUAUCUAAACGCCCAACCGACGAAGAGUUACGCAAUGCGUUUGCGGAAAUUGAGAACACGCUUAACGGAAGGCCGCUAACACAUGUACCUGUGGACUGCGAUUCUCGUACAGCACUUACCCCGAACCACUUUCUAGUGGGAAGCUCAAACGGAUCUAAACCCUUGACAGAUAUUAACAGCGACGGAAUAUCACUAAAGCGAGGGUGGCAAGUAUCGCAAGUCAUCGCCAAUCAGUUCUGGAAAAGAUGGAUACGCGACUACCUACCUGAAAUCACCAGACGUAGCAAAUGGUAUGCACCAGUUAAACCCAUCGAAGUCGACGAUAUAGUGUAUGUAGUUGAUCCAGACUUACCCAGAAAUUGCUGGCCCAAAGGACGAGUACUAAAAAUCGCUACUGACGUAGAGGGGCAAGUUCGACGAGUCUGGGUGAAAACGAGAACAUCUGUUUAUGAGAGACCUGCGGUUAAGAUUGCUGUGCUCGAUGUAGGUGGCAAGGAUAGUAAGCCGAAUCCUGAGAAGUUAUAA